GAAGACGGUGUCAGGCAAAAUGGUGUUAAGAAGCUCCUGGAAAUCACGACAUAAAAACAGCUGUGGACCUGCUCCCCGUUGGAUCCGUCCAGGAUUGGCUGCCCUGCUCUGGUUAUGUGCGAUUCGGUUAGCUUGCGGCAUUGAGGUGGGGGAGACAAACAUCAUCCAGAAAGAUGCGGAGUUUGAUGCCAACUAUAAUGACACGGUUACGAGUGAAAACCAGACCAUUUACGCGUUUAAUCACACCAUCUCUCGGAAUAAGACUGAGGGAGUGCGUGUGUCCGUGGACGUGUUAUCCAACAAGUCGGAGAGCCCAACCUUGUUUGUGGUGCGACAGAAGCAAGCCGUGCUGUCUUUUCAAGUCCCCCUCAUUCUUAGAGGCCUCUAUCAGAGGAAGUACCCUUACUACGAUGUGGGCAGGACACUGUGCCAACCUCCAACCCGGGCCGCCUCGGAGACCCAGUACUUCUUUGUUGACGUGUCUACCCUGUCCAGUCAGGGUACAAACUACCAGCUCAGAGUGAGCCGUGUUGAAAGUUUCACUUUGCAAACAAACAAGAAAUUCAGCUUCACCGCAUCACCAUCCCAACCUCAGCUUACAGUUAAUAUGUCCUCCCGCGCAGUGGAGGCGUACGUGAUGGGAAUGCUGUUCUGUUUGGGGAUCUUCUUCUCAUUCUACCUCCUGACCUUGCUCUGUGUCUGUCUAGAGCGUGCACGACUGAACAAGAGGAGAAAUAUGUUUCUGAAUCCUGCCGACAUGUCGCCUGCUGAGACAGCCUCUCUGCUCGGGAAGAACAGCGACGGAAAAACUCCAGCCUCACCAAAUGAAUAUGGCUCAUUUGCUGACAACGGCAGCACAAUGAGUUCAGAGGCCAUUACCGACAGCGCCACUUCAACUGACAACAACUAUGGAUACAUGGGACAGGAGCCUUUCAAACGUCGACCAAUCCUCAAUCACCUUCACUACCUAGCCAUCCGCAUCGAGCGAUCGUUGGAAAGUGUCGCACGGAGCAGGCAGGAGUCUUUGAGCUCCAUUGAGGAGGAUGACUAUGACACACUGGAUGACAUACACUCCGACAAGAACAUUGUUCGCACAAAGGUACGUGAAAAUCAUUUUUCCUGCCUCAGAAUGAUUGCUGGAUUCAUCUGUGGAGAUGACACCUCCUUUAUGUACAUGAUUGCUGGACUGUGUAUGCUGAAGCUCUAUCAGAAGAGACACCCAGACAUCAACGCGAGCGCUUACACCGCUUACGCCUGCCUCGCCGCUGUCAUCUUCUUUUCUGUGCUGGGAGUGGUAUUUGGGAGAGACAACACAGCCUUCUGGAUUGUUUUCUCUGUGAUCCACAUUCUGGCCACGCUGCUGCUCAGCACACAGCUCUACUAUAUGGGUCGAUGGAGGCUCAACGCUGGGAUCAUGCGUAGGAUAGUUUACGUCAUCUACACAGACUGCAUCAGGCAGUGCAGCGGGCCGAUGUACAUUGACCGCAUGGUUCUGCUUGUGAUGGGGAACCUAGUCAACUGGUCUCUGGCUGCCUACGGCCUCAUACAGAAACCCAACGACUUUGCCUCGUACCUGUUGGCCAUCGCCAUCUGUAACCUGUUGCUCUACUUUGCCUUUUACAUCAUCAUGAAGCUGCGGAGCGGUGAGCGAAUCAAGUGUCUGGCGCUGGUGUGUAUUCUCUUCACGGCGGUCGUGUGGGGCUUUGCGCUGUAUUUCUUCUUCCAGGGUCUCAGCACCUGGCAGAAAACUCCGGCUGAGUCUCGUGAGCACAACAGGGACUGCAUCCUGCUAUCGUUCUUUGACGACCACGACAUUUGGCAUUUCCUGUCCUCCAUCGCCAUGUUUGGAUCCUUCCUGGUAUUAUGAAUCAUGUUUAAGUUUGUUUAA